GGGAAAGUGAAACCAAUCUAAACCAGAAAACUGAAAAGCUCCGAACAUGAGGGGCUGCUGCAAAACCCUAAUCCAGAGUUCCCUCCCUUCCCUUCACAACUCGAAACCCUACUACAUCUCCAAUUCCAACCAUGUCUUCCCCUUCCUCCCCCGUGCUCUCCCUAGCUUCUCCUUCAAUUCUACGUCUCCCAGAGCCAAACUUCCCCACACCUUCCAUAUCCACUCUUCCUCUUCUAAUUCCAAUUCUUCAGCAGCACUAGAACUAGCAAUCUCUUCGGAAUCGGCCGAAGAUGAACCCCAAGACGACCCGAAGAGGGACACCGUGGAGCACUUGCUCACCAACCCAGACGACAUUUCCAGGCUGAUGAAGAUGGAGAGGCGGCAGCAGGGCGAUUGUGAGAAGCGAUGGUUUCCUUACUUGGAUGCGUUCAAAUGUGGGAAUGGCGCGUGCUUGAGUAGCGGAGAAGUGUUGGAAGCAAUAGCGCCGUAUAUGAUGGAAGAGAGGAAAGAGAGGUUCAGGACCGCCGUGAAGAACCGGAGUUACUCUGUUUGUCUGGUGGUGGAAGGGUUGAACGAUUUCGGGAACGUUUCUGCUACGUUUCGUUCUGCUGAUGCGCUCGGGUUUCAGUCCGUUCAUGUCAUCAACCCGGAUAGCUCGAAAAGGUGCUUCGUGGGUUGAGGUGAACCGGAUUCAAAAUCGUUUCUUUUUUUCUUCUUCUGAAGUACAUGUGAAUCUUUGGCUGUGUUAAAGUACGUCUUCUAGUUUUCUUUGUAGAAUCUCUUGUUUGGAAGGCUGGAAUGAGGUAUGGAAUAGUGAAUUGACGGAACUAUAUUACCACCUCUACCUACUCUGCAGGUAUAGAGAUAACCGCCAUGUUAGCAUGGGAGCUGAGAAAUGGUUGGACAUUGAGUUGUGGGACUCUACUGCAGAGUGCUUCCAAGUUCUCAAGUCUCGUGGAUAUAGAAUUGCUACAACGCAUGUUGGAAUGGAUGCGGUAUCGAUUUAUGACAUGGAUUGGUCAUGCCCUACUGCAAUAGUUGUUGGCAACGAACAUAGGGGGAUAAGUGACCAGGCACUUGGACUUUCAGAUCUGCAUUGCAGUAUACCAAUGAAUGGCAUGGUCGACUCUUUCAAUGUAUCAGUUGCUGCUGGCAUUCUCAUGCACCAUGCUGUUUGUGACAGAACUUCUCGUCUGGUACCUUUUUCUUAUGGCUGGUAGUUUAUGACAAUCGAUAUUGGUGGAAGGAGUUACGAUAUAGUAUAUACCCCGGAUAAUGUGUAAAAUGCAGGGGCGGCAUGGGGAUUUAACAGCAGAAGAAAGUAAGAUACUGCUGGCUGAGUUCUCACUGCGCCAUAGCAAGAGCGCGAUAAGCAUCGCCCAUGAAUAUGCAAAGAGAAGUAAGGCUUCCACGCCUGUACCAAAGCUGUGAUGCAGACGGUAAGAAAAGCAAAGAAACAUCUGCAACGGGCAAAUUUGCGUUGGUUUCAAUUUCAUGAGAGGCAAAGAAAAAAUCACACAGUUAAUUGGUGCUUGCCGGGAAACAAGUGGAGGUGACGUGCUUUAUCAAGUGCAGGCUCUAAAGAUAGAACUCAAGCAGGUAUAGAUACUGAUGACUUAGAUUCCUUACGACUCAAAAACAUUGUACUUGUUAGAUCCUGCAUCAUUUUGAUAAUGGAAAAGGCUAGUUGAUAUUCAGAACCUCCCCUUAUAAUUGAUCUCACUGCUAACCCUGCUAAAACUUGAGAUGAUUGAGUGUUUCAGAAUGUUGUGGUGAUGCCACCUAAGUCCAUCCAUUGAUUGAAAUCCUGCCAACAUGAUUGGAACUGAUAGGGUGCCUGCCUUUCACAGAGUAACCGGACCUGACUGAUGUGAAACACCCAGACCAGACGCAUACAGUGCUCGAACGGGCUGGUCGAACCAGAAAUCGUUCUUAGCAUUUGUUUUAAACUAACUACCCAGAAAUCAGUUGCUCAUAGCUCUGUUCGAUUUGAUUUUUAGACCAGUUUCUUUAGAGCAUCUAAUUGCCUCAAAAUCAAGGGCUCAAAAGAGUUUACCCUAAAUUUGAUCUGUCCAAAUUUAGCAACAGAAUAUGCAAAUUCCUUCAAGGAAUUGUGUUAACUUUCACAUAAAAACCAAAUCAUCAUUUUUCUCUUAUCCUCUUAAGAAACUCUCUUUUAUCUCUCGUUUGAGUUUUCCCUCCUUUGAAGGGAAAAGCCUUUUCUAGGGUUUUCCCAGAUUAAAGAUCUUGUGAUUUUUUCUCUGAGUUUGCCCUAGAAAUUGCUUUGGUUAUUGAUGAACAUAACUUAGUCUACUAUAGAUUAAUGGUCAAUCCAGGAUAAGCCUAUCACCAUUUGGCAAGGAGCUGAUCACUGAACUAGCCAAAUGGGUUCGAAGAUAUCAAAGCAAGGGUCAUUGAGAGUUGCAAAUGCAACUUUGCAAAGUAGCACUCAUGAUUCAUUGAUUAGCUAUCUAACCACAAGUAACAUUUUACGUAACUUGGUAUCCAAGCAUCGGCGCCGAAUGCUCAUCGCCGGUUACGAUCUCGAUAUGUCUUACAUCACGGAUCGUGUACUCGCGAUGUCGUUUCCAGCCGAACGUAUGAGAGCCAUGUAUCGUAACCCACUCUGGCAAGUCAAAUCAGUGUUGGAUAUGCGGCAUGGUGGACACUACAAGGUGUAUAAUUUAUGCAUUGAGCAAUCGUAUGAUCCAUCACACUUUCACUCUCGGGUCGAGGCGUUUCCCAUCGACGACAAUCACGUCCCAGCUCUCCCCAUGAUCAAGCUCUUCUGUGAAAAUGUUGAUUCCUGGUUAUCUCAGGAUCCUAAGAACCUUGCUGUUAUACAUUGCAUGGCUGGCAAAGGUCGAACUGGAUUAAUGGUCUGUGUUUACCUAGUCUACUGCGGCAUGACAGCAGAAGAUGCUCUCCAGUUGUAUGCGAGUAAAAGGACUACCAACAACCAAGGUGUGUCUAUACCAAGUCAGCGACGUUAUGUUCAGUAUUGGGCUAGUGCACUUUCUUUUCCUAGGGGAAUCAACAAUGGCCCUCCUGAUGUGAAUUUGCCUCCAUCAUGUAGUAGAGAACUGCGACGAAUCCGGCUCUACGACAUUGUUAACACAGAUUCUGUCUUCUUUGUGGUCUCAGAGUUGCAGGAGAUUCCUGGUCAGUUAUAUCGACCAUCGGUAGAGGUUGCCAAAGGUAGUUGUAGGCAAGUUAGGCAAGGAUAUCAUAGGACUUAUAGUCCUAGGUAUUACAUUUCUUUUGUGGAAGAUGAUGAAGAUGGGAAGACAUCAGAUUCAGAUCAUCAGGAACCUCAUGUUGUUGUCCAGAUGGAUACUGAGAGUUCCAUCAUCUACCAAAAGACAUGUCUUGAUCAUUACUUUGAGAAGCCAGUAGAGUUAAGUGGAGACGUUCGAAUUAUAUUCUACGAGAAGAUGAUAGGAGGGAGACUCUUUUACGUCUGCUUCAACACAUCUUUCAUAAAGAACAGCUUGCUACAAGUACUACUGAUAGAGAACCCUUUUACACCUGGAGAUCUUGAUAAACUUGGGAAGAGAGGCAGGUUAAUGUGUGGCCCUUCAUUUUGCUUGGAGCUUACGUUUGGCCCUGCAAACUCAAAGUGUUCAGAGUUGCCCUUUGUUAGCAAUGUUGAUUUUAGUGAUGGACUAGAAGAAAUGUGACCAAGAACUGAGAAGAGCAAUGUGAUCCUCCUUUGUAAUGUGGUUUUCGCCCUUGUGAGAGAACAUUAAUGUGUAUCACAACUUCUUGUUGUUGCAUAGCCAUAGUUUCUAUAUCCAUACUCAAAACUGCAAUGAGCAUUGAGAUAUAAGGAAAAUCAUUUAUCUUUUCUUUGGAAGAUAUAGAAGAAAAUGAUUAAUGUUCGGAGGAACUCAUUUCUUCGGUAUUUGAUCGAGCAUUUUUUAUCUAUAUGAGAGACCAUAUUUUAUGCUUCUAUAAAGUCAUUGCUCUGUUCUCGAAAACACAUUCAUCCUCCUUUACAGAUAAUAUCAAUAGGGGCGAUUUCAAUUGCACUCCUUGAUUGUAUGAAAAAUGAGAUGGUGCAUCAAAAUAUCAAAUGACA